CUCUCCUUCUCACCAGUCAGCCGUGCCCAGAAGCAGCAUCAUGACCUGUGGAUCUUAUUGUGCAGGCUCUGUGAGAGCUUUCAGCUGUGCCUCAGCCUGUGGACCCCGACCUGGCCGCUGCUGCAUCAGCGCUGCUCCCUACAGAGGGGUGUCCUGCUACAGGGGACUGACCGGCUUUGGCAGCCGCAGCUACUGUGGGGGCUACAGGGCUGGCUCCUGCGGCCGCAGCUUUGGCUACCGCUCUGGGGGGGUGUGCGGGCCCAGCCCCCCCUGCAUCACCACUGUGUCUGUCAACGAGAGCCUCCUGACCCCCCUCAACCUGGAGAUCGACCCCAAUGCCCAGUGUGUGAAGCAUGAGGAGAAGGAGCAGAUCAAGUGCCUCAACAGCAAGUUUGCCGCCUUCAUCGACAAGGUGCGGUUCCUGGAGCAGCAGAACAAGCUUCUGGAGACCAAGUGGCAGUUCUACCAGAACCGGAAAUGCUGCGAGAGCAACCUGGAGCCCCUGUUCCAGGGCUACAUUGAGACCCUGAAGCGGGAGCUGGAGUGUGUGGAGGCUGACAGUGGGCGCCUGUCCUCUGAGCUUAACCAUGUGCAGGAGGUGCUGGAGGGCUACAAGAAGAAGUAUGAGGAGGAAGUUUCCCUGAGAGCCACAGCUGAGAAUGAAUUUGUUGCUCUGAAGAAGGAUGUGGACUGUGCUUACCUCCGCAAAUCUGAUCUGGAGGCCAAUUCAGAGGCUUUGACAGAGGAGAUCAACUUCAUGAGAGCCUUGUAUGAAGAGGAGAUCAGAGUUCUACAGUCUCACAUCUCAGACACCUCCGUUGUGGUGAAGAUGGACAACAGCAGAGAUCUCAACAUGGACUGUGUCAUUGCUGAGAUCAAGUCUCAAUAUGAUGACAUCGCUAGCCGUAGCCGGGCUGAGGCUGAGUCUUGGUACCGCAGCAAGUGUGAGGAGAUGAAGGCUACAGUGAUCCGCCAUGGUGAGAGUCUACGUAGGACCAAGGAGGAGAUCAAUGAGCUGAAUCGCAUGAUCCAGAGGCUGACUGCCGAGGUGGAGAAUGCCAAGUGCCAGAAUUCCAAGCUGGAGGCUGCUGUGACACAGUCUGAACAGCAGGGUGAGGCUGCCCUCAAUGAUGCCCGCUGCAAGCUGGCUGGGCUGGAGGAGGCUCUGCAGAAGGCCAAGCAGGACAUGGCUUGUCUACUGAAGGAGUACCAGGAGGUCAUGAACUCCAAGCUAGGACUGGACAUUGAGAUCGCCACCUACAAGAGACUGCUGGAGGGCGAGGAGCAAAGGUUGUGUGAGGGUGUUGGCGCCGUGAAUGUCUGUGUCAGCAGCUCCCGAGGUGGCGUCGUCUGUGGCGAUCUCUGCACCAGCACCUCCGGUGCCCGUGUUGUCAGCACCGGUAGCACUGGCCCCUCUGGUGGCAGUGUGGUGGUCAGCGCACCUAAUGCCUGUGCCCCCUGUGGGGUUGGCUCCGGCUACAGCACCCGUUCUUGUGCCACCUCUUGUGGAGUCAGGAGGUGUUAGGAGGUCAGGAGGAAACAACCGAAUUUCAGCCCAGGAAUAUCACUGCAAUCUGACCACAUCCCUUACUGCUCUUGAACAGCAAUGCAUCAUCCCUCAGUCCCAUCCUCUCUCUACGGGCCCAGCCACAGUUCCAACAGCCAAGCAGGAGAAAUUGCACAGUUUAUCCCUCCAAAUGAAAUUUCCCAAGACUCUCUGUCUUCUUCCAUAUUGCCCCUUAUUUAACCCAGAUCUCAGCAGCUGUUGAUGGCCUGAUCAAAAUACCCAAUUGGAUCUAUUUCUCUGAUGGGUGGAUGGCUCCCUUUUCUUGCUUUUUCCUGGCAGUUCAUUUCCUAGUAGUUAUCUCACUGUACUAUGGGUUCACAAUCUUCUUCUCCAACUUUCUGUCUUCUGCUGGAUUAUUUGGCUGGUGGGUCUAUUACUGUAGCAAUACCGAGUUCUAGGGAAGGUGGAGGAGAAACCCCAUCUGGGAGUAGGGUGUUUCCCAGUAGCUUUAGAUGGUGAUCCUUGGUUGUGCCAACAGUCACCUUGUCUGUGCUGUCAUUGUGACUGCUGCCUUUGGAAUGGGCAGAUGAGAAACAUUGCUUUAUUUUUGUUUUCAGUUGACUCUACAGUAUUCCCACCCCAUCUGAUUUCCUUCCCAUGUCUGUAACCAAAAGCUCCCAGGAAGCCAAUAAUUCAAUUUCUUGUAUGUUUGUCUUUGUUUCAUUCUGUAUCUCCAAUAAACUCAAUGUAGUGAAUCAAGUAUGGUGGCUCAGGGUCUU